AUGGUAAUAGAUUUGACAGUUGACGUACUUGACGCAGCCGGUGAAGGUCUACAUUUGACCGAUGAACUAAAAUUAUUUCCGACAAUAUUUGAAGUCAGAGAAGCACAUCAUCUUGGCUAUCAGUCAGAAAAUGAAAUUGCACUAGAUGUAAAGAAGAUGAUGGUUGACGCUGCCGCAAAAGUCAUCGAUACAUUUGAUCCAAAUUUCAACUUCGUCGAUGAUCAAAAGAGUGCAUGUAGGAUUUUUGGAACUUUGGAAGUUAAUAAAGUCACAGGAAAUUUGCAUAUUACAGCAAUUGGUCAUGGAUAUAGUGG